ACAUAUGCAUAGUGAAUGAUACAUUAAUGGUUAUACUGUAAAAAAUGAAAAAAAAAAAAAAAAAAAAAAAACAAAAUGCUCUUGAUGAGACAUCGGUAGCAAUGUAGCUCAUACUAUCGAAAAGAGAAAUAAUUCAAGAAUUCAUUGUAACGAUUUAUAUUUCGAUUAACUAAGAUUAAUAAUAUACCCGUUGUUCCAUGACUUCCCUACUCAAUAAUACGUUAGCAAAAGAUGACAGUAUUAGAAACAGAAGAAGAUUCAGAUAAACGGUCUGUGCCACCGAGAAAAAAAUUUUGCUUAUCUCUCUCCAAUCGAGAACGUACAUUUUCUAAUAACAUUUCGCAGCCCCCUCAUACUUCUUCCAGAGGGGGCCUCUUCGAUAGAUCUGACUUCUUUUAUAGUACAGGCAAAAUGAUGAAUGGUUAUCGCAAUCAAUUGAGCAAUCAGGAUGGAAGUUAUGAUAUAUCAGGAUUAGGAACGGAAGGAUUAAAAAUAGCUACUUUAUGUAAUUUAGGAAAUACGUGCUUCUUGAACAGCGUUAUAUAUACCUUAAGAUUUGCACCAUCGUUCUUACAUAAUUUACAUCAUCUUGCUACUGAUCUAUCUAAUUUAAAUGACAAACAACUACAAACUAAAAUCAAAUCUUCGUCUUUGGGUAGAACCGGUGUAUCAUUAACGGCAAGUGGUAGUCGUAGUUGGAGCAGCAAAGAUUUAUUGGCCCUAGCUGGUCCAACCGGCGAAUUAAAUAAACCUCGAAUACAAAUAGCUACUGAAAAAUUACAUAGUUUGUUUAUGGCACUACGAGCAUCAGAGGCAAGGGAAAAUUGUGAACCAUACCAACCAGAUGCAUUUUUACAAGCACUUAGGGAAGUAAAUCCCAUAUUCGAAGGAAAUCAACAACAGGAUGCUCACGAACUUUUAGUUUGCUUACUCGAUAAUAUCAGAGAAACUUUUCAACUUUUAGUUAGACACAGAGAAAGUCAAUUUGGUCAAAACAACGCAAGUUUCUCAGAAAUUUCUGCUGAACAGCAAACAGACAUUCAAUCAGAAGAUAGCAAUUCAAGCAAACGCAGUGUAAGAAAAUCACGAAAGAAGAAGAAGAUUACAUCUCGAGGAAGUUCUAUUUGUUUAAUUCCAUCUAAUACAAAUGGCGUUUCUUCAUCUAGGCCAUAUGAAAAUGGUCAUGUUGAAUUUUCCGAAAGUAAUGGAGAUAUAGGAAAUCAUAGACCAGAAAGUAAGAAGUGUUUUAUCUCCGAAGACUUCGAAGGUAUCAGUUUGUUAAGAACAACAUGUUUAGAAUGCGAACAUGUUACUGAACGAAAGGAAACAUUCUGUGACAUAUGUGUCCCCAUUGAUGUUAAUAGAUCAAAUGAAAAAGAUGAUGAAGGACGAACCGUAGACAGUAGCGAGGUGUAUAGGCGUGCUGUAGUAACUAGUGAAUUUUUGGUUGGUAGGGAUAAAUAUUGGUGUGCACGUUGUUUGAGAUAUAAUGAAGCACGACGAGCAGUUUGUUUCCCUUGUUUACCUCGACUUUUGAUCUUGCAAUUGAAAAGAUUUUCCACCAAGGCUGGAUCCAUGGAGAAAAUUAAUAAUCAUAUGCCUACACCGUUAACGUUACAAUGCUUUUGCGAAGAGUGCUAUAACAAGCAUGUCCAUGGAAAUGUUUCAGCGAAGGAUCAAAUGCACGAGUAUAAAUUAUAUUCAGUUAUCAUGCACCAAGGUGCAACUAUGACAGCUGGUCAUUAUGUUGCUUAUACCCGCUUACCCGAUGAGUCUGCAUUAGCGGAAUACUUUAAUUGUGACAGGGAUAGUAAACGUCAAACAACUGGUCAAAGUAGUAGUAGCACAAAUACAAAUUCCUCUUCCUCCGAUAAAACGUCGGGUAUUUUUAAAUACUUCAAGAAACCAAGUGUUAGUGAGAACAAGGAACAAUUAGUCAAAGUUGGAUGUCGCAGCAUGGAUUGUUGCGGUUUUAGAAAUUCUAAGUAUACUAAAUUAUCUGAACAAGGGGUUUGGCUAGAGUGCGAUGAUGAAGCUGUACAUGUAAUUCCGCUGAGACAAUUAGAAGAUAAAUUGGCACCAAAUCCACGAAAUUCUGCGACCCCUUAUCUUUUAUUCUAUGUGAGAUCCCCAAGGUAAACCUUAUUCUUUUAAAUAAUGUCGGAUGUCUAUAUUUAAAAUUAAAAGUCUCGAAGAUAAUCGUGCAAAAGGCCUCACUCUUUUCCUCGCCAAUAUAAAAAAAUAUAUAUAUGAAAAAAAAAAA